AUGUUGCAGUGGUGGUGUUUAGACAAGAAAAGGAUUCAUGUUGUGCUUCUUGACAAUGGCAGAAACAGAAGCAAAGCACUUUGUGAAAGCAACCUGCCAAGUUUGCCCUGCAUGGCGCAUACGUUACAGCUCGUUGUAAAUGAGGGGCUGCUGUCCCAGCGAAGCAUCACUGAUGUGGUGGCAACUGCAAGGAAGAUUGUCGGACAUUUUAAACACUCAACCCUCGCCUAUUCACGACUUCAUGACAUUCAGGCACAGUUGGGUCAGCCCAGUAAAAGACUGCAGCAAGAUGUUUCAACUAGAUGGGAUAGCACAUACUUUAUGCCGCAGUCACUGGUGGAACAGAGACGUGCUUUGGGGGCAUACGCUGCCGAACACGAUCUGUCAGCCACACUCAACGCACAUCAGUGGGGGCUUAUUGAGAACGUUAUGAGCCUGCUCACACCUUUUGAGGAACUCACAAAAGAAAUUACCUUCUGUACCGCAACAGCUGCUGACGUCAUUCCAGCCAUAACUGCACUUAAACGGCUUUUGGAGAAAGGGGCAGACACAGAUCGUGGAAAAACCACACUGCUGGAGGCGGUGCAGAGGCGGUUCAGCAAAAUUGAAAGGCAGCCACUGUAUACUUUGGCCACUGUUAUUGAUCCCAGGUACAAGAAUCACUACUUUUCAGCAGAAGUUAAAGACCAAGUGAAACAGGUGCUUUUGGCUAUGCUGGAGGGGCAGACCAGACAUGCACUUGAUGAACCUGUUGCAGGAGCAUCUGCAGUACAUGGUCUUGUCACAGAAGCACCUUCAGCCAAAAAGCCAUGUAGUCUACUACUUUCAGUACAUGAUGAAAUACUGAAGGAGAAUGCUGAGGUGGAGCAGUUGCUGGCCAGCCCCUCAUCUGUGCAGGUACAGAGCUACCUCUCUGAGUUGCCCAGCAGCAGAAGCAAAAAUGCUUUGGCCUACUGGAGGAUCAACAAAGAUCAUUUCCCUGUGCUUGCUCCACUUGCCUGAGCCUACCUCUCUGCUCCAUGUACAAGCAUGGAAAGGGAGCGCUUGUUUAGCUUAGCUGGAAAUGUGAUAGAUGAAAGGAGAAAUCGAUUAUUAGGUGACAAGGCAGAGAUGCUUCUGUUUGUGAAGAAAAACUUGCCAUUAAUGCUCAAGUAACAUUUUGCCUAUACAUAUGCUGGCAACAUUUAUUACCCACUUACUGCACUAUUAUUAUUUGGAAGAGUUUUGUACACUUCAGUUUUGUUCAUUCAACGGAUCUUUUGACUUUUGUAAGACAAGUAAAAAAGUUAAAUUUAUAAAGUUUUUUUUUUGUUUGUUUGUUUUAUAAAGCAACUCAUUUUCAGUUAAUUGUUAUUUCUACUUCUU